AUGUCCGGCUCUCUCCACCGAACUGCCCGGAUUAUUUCCGUUAUUGCGGGGACGCUGGUCGCCCUCUCCUGCGGAACCAAUUAUGCAUACUCCGCGUGGGCGCCACAAUUCGCGCAGCGAAUGAAGCUCUCUUCGACUGAGAGCAAUUUUAUUGGUGUCGCGGGGAACCUGGGGAUGUAUGCUAUGGGGAUUCCAAUGGGAUUAUUGACAGAUGCUCGUGGUCCCCGGCUUGUCUCACUUAUCGGCUCUAUUUGCCUAGGCCUGGGCUACUUCCCAAUCUAUAUGGCAUAUGAUAAUGGGCAAGGAUCGAUGCCGGUUGUCUUCCUAUGCCUCUUCACUUUCCUUACUGGCAUGGGCGGUUGCGCUGCCUUUGGCGGUGCCAUCAAAACAGCGGCAUGCAACUUCCCUGACCACCGCGGCACGGCAACCGCUUUCCCGAUGGCCGCCUUCGGACUGAGCGCGCUAUUCUGGUCCAAUCUGUCGACCCUCGUUUUCAAGGACGAUACCGGCCGCUUUCUUUUGCUUCUAGCCCUCGGAACCUCGAUUCUGUCCUUUGCCUCAAUUCCAUUCCUUCGAAUCCUCGCUAGCGAGCCGUACUCGUCCAUUCCACACAACGCUCAUGAACACAACACCAGCGACCUUCGAUCUGUCCCAGAGAACUCCGAUCUACAUGGCUCUACUGCUUUUGAUCACGAACAAUACCCCGCGCAUGCGCGGUCGCACUCGGUUGCCUCGAACUCCCAAGGCAGAGCAUUCGCCAAUGACGACGAGACUUCCACCUUGGUAUCCAAGCACGACCACCCGCGUCCCUCUUUCGACACACUUGACGAUGACUUCUUAGAUGAGGUGGCCAUUGAGGCGCACCAAAACGACAUUAGAGGUCUCGCCAUGCUCCGCAAAGUCGAGUUCUGGCAACUCUUCUUGACCAUGGCACUCUUGUCCGGUAUCGGCUUGAUGACCAUCAACAACAUCGGCAACAGUGUGAAGGCCCUGUGGCUGUACUAUGACGACAGCGCAACAGACCUUUUCAUCCAACACCGCCAGGUCAUGCACGUUUCCAUUCUUUCCUUCGGCAAUUUCCUUGGCCGUCUAUUCAGCGGCAUCGGCUCUGAUUUACUAGUCAAGAAGCUCGGCAUGUCCCGCAUCUGGUGUUUAUUCUUGUCAGCGGUAGUCUUCACCUUGACCCAGCUUGCCGGCACCACCAUUUCCAAUCCCAACAGCCUUGUCGUUGUCUCUGGCUUCACCGGAAUCGCGUACGGUUUCCUGUUUGGCGUCUUCCCUUCCCUAACCGCACACACUUUCGGCAUCGGCGGCUUGUCCCAGAAUUGGGGCGUCAUGACACUAGCCCCAGUGUUCAGUGGUAACGUUUUCAAUCUGCUAUACGGCAACAUAUACGAUGGUCACUCUGUUGUCGGCCAUGAUGGUGAUCGCGAGUGCCCCGAUGGACUGGGCUGCUACCGCUCAGCCUACUUCAUGACCUUUGUUUCCGGGUUGUUUGGUAUCGCUGUUUGUCUGUGGACCAUUAUCCGCGAGAGGAACAAAGAUAACAUCAUGAAUAAGAAGCUAGACCACCGACUUGCGUGA